GGUGGGUUGCGAGCAGUUAUUGUUGGGGACGGCGACAAAUCUGGUUGCCCCGCAGUGUUUCCAUAACGAGUUCUUUAAUGAGACUGAGAUGUGUUUUGUGUGGCCUUGGACCUGAAUCAUUCUUCUUUCUACUCAUCUUUCCCUUCUAUCCUUUGAUCAUUGGCGACCGAAAGUGUUCAGUGGGUUAUAAGAUUGCAACUGUUGCCAGGAGCGGGCGAGCCUUCUUUUGGAUCACCCAAAGUUGCACUCCCGGUGUCCCGCCGUCCCGAGCAAUUGUUCAAGUGGAACCGAAACGCUGCAGGCUUUGGACUUAGUCCGAGUGUACGCCACUGGCUCGUUCCCAAUGAUGGGCGCAACCGGGACAAUUGGCCAGUCUUUACUGUCUCGUAGUUCAAAACCGAGGCUUGACUCAUUCUAAUUUUAACGCUUGACAAAACUCCUCCAGUUUAAUUACCCUCUUCCCAAAAUAGUUGCACCCCCCCCCUUAUGAUCAGAAGUUUAAAUUAAAAUGUAAGGACUUUUGGAAGCAAGAGCGGUUUGUUUUUUCACACAACGCGAGUUUCGAGAGACAAGUAAGGUUCGUGGUUUAUUUCAGCUGUCAAGAGGAGAGGAAGCAACUUGCAGAAGUGGAAGUCAUUAAUAUUUCGGAACGUUUCUCAGUUCAAUCGGUUUGAUUUUCUAGCAGGUUGUGCCUGUAACUAACUUGUGUCAUUUAUUUGGGAAAUGGCUAGAUUAAACGCCAGGAGCACACCAGUGCUUUCCAUUUCGUUGUGUUUAUUUGCUGUGUGCCACAUGUACCCGACUCCAGACGACCGAGAUAAGUUGAUGAAAGCGGAACAGUUCAUAUUUACUGGCGGUAAUCUACUACCAACGACAAAAGAAAUCAAAGUUAAUGAUAUUCUCAUGAAAAUAAAAGUCAACGAAGUUACUGAAGGAACGAAAGCCGGUAAAUUCCCACCGGCCAUGCACUUUUUCAGAGCUAAAGAUCUGAUAGAACAGAGCACAGUUUUUAACAUUUUACGGAAGCUGCCCAAAGGUGCUGCACUACACCUGCAUGAUUAUGCCUUGCUGAAUGUGGAUUGGCUGGUGAAGAAUGCGACCUAUCUCCCUAAUUGUUAUAUUUGUUUCACGGAUGCUGGAGGUGUCAGAUUUCAUUUCUUCCUCAACCGCCCAGAGAAGAGACUGGUCAUGUGUUCAGAAUGGGUUUUGCUUGAGAACUACAGACGUCAACUUAAAAAUGUCACAGAGUUUGAUAACAGUCUAAUCAGAAAUCUUACACUGGUGACAGAAAAACCAGAAGAAGCCUACCGAUCACAAGGCAUGGUUUGGAGAAGAUUCAAAGACUUAUUUCAAGCUGCUUCCAGUCUCAUUUCCUAUGCCCUCGUGUUUAAAACAUACUUCUACGAGGCUUUGAGGGAGUUCUACCAUGAUAAUGUACUGUACAUAGAGAUACGAGCUUUGCUGUUGCUGGUGUAUGAACUCAAUGGCACCUUGCACGACAAGGAGUGGUCCAUUAGGGCUUACCAGGAGGUUACCAGACAAUUCCAACAUGAUUAUCCUGACUUCAUGGGAGCCAAAGUCAUAUUUUCAACACCUCGAAAACAUAACAAUUCUUUCAUGAAAACAACAAUAAAUGAGGCCAUGAUGUUUCAACAGAAGUUCCCUGAGAUGAUAGCAGGGUUCGACAUGGUUGGCCAAGAAGAUGCCGGGCACCCACUGUGGUAUUUCAAGAACGAGCUUUUAAUUCCAAAGGAAACAGGAGUUAAGCUGCCUUUCUUCUUUCAUGCUGGAGAAACUGACUGGGAGGGUACAAGUGUAGAUGAAAACAUCCUGGAUGCCUUAUUACUGAACACAAGCCGAAUAGGCCAUGGCUACAGCAUAAACAAACAUCCAAUGGCAAAGUGGAUUUCCAGAAAAUUUAAUGUACCCUUAGAAGUCUGCCCAAUUUCAAACCAGGUGCUAAUGCUGAUCACUGAUCUGCGAAAUCAUCCCGCUGCAAACCUGAUGGCAGAAGGUCAUCCUCUGGUCAUCAGUUCUGACGAUCCAGCUGCCUUUGGAGCCCGUGGUUUAUCGUACGACUUCUAUGAGGCCUUCAUGGGAAUAGGAGGUUUGAAAGCUGAGCUGACUACACUGAAGCAGUUGGCUCUGAACUCCAUCAAGUAUAGUGCUAUGUCUGUCGAGAUGAAGGUCGAAAGCAUUGAACUCUGGCUGAAAAAGUGGGAUGAGUUUUUGGAUGAAGUCCUUAACAUGUUCAACGGGAAUGAGCUGUGAGAGGAACUCUGGUUUUAGCAAAAUAUUUUGCUGCCAGGGAGACUGUGGCUUUAUUUUUCUUUUACUGUGUGGAAUAGGCCCUUGUGGCCCUUCAAACUGCACCAUCCUGCAACCCCCGAUUUAACCCUAGCCUAAUCAAUUUAAAAUGAGUAAUUAAACUACCAACCAGGACGUCUUUGGACUGUGGGAGGAAACUGGAGCACCUGGAGGAAAUCCACAUGGGACGUACAAACUCCUUAAAGGCAGCUGCGUGAAUAGAAACCGGGUUGCUGGUACUGUAAAGCGUUGUGCUAGCCACUACACUACCAUGCCGCCCAUCUUAGUUUAACAGUGGUAUAGUGUGUUAUGACCUUUGGUGCUACAGGUUAUGUGCUGAUGGUAGUUGGGCAGCACUUUCUUCAAACAAGCCUGGUUGAAAUCUCCGACUAUGAUUUGAAAUGCUUUGGGAUGAGCUGUUUCUUGAUUGGAGAUGGCAUCCUGCAGCAUCUCAAGUGUUUGAUCAUAGUCAGCUGCUGGUGGUAUGUAAACUGCGGCCAGGAUUAUGGAGGAGGACUCCCUAGGUGAAUAGAACGGAUGGCAUUUGACCGUUAGGUGUUCAAGGUUGGGGAACAUAAAUUCAACAAAACUGCCACAUCCACUUUUUGCCUUUCCCGAAUCAACACUUCGGUCCGUUUGGUAAACCAAGAAGCCUUCUGGUUUGACCACUGUAUCUGAUAUGCUGGGAGACAGUCCCUCAUUUCCCUCUGAUACAGCAAUCUUGCCCUCAGGUCCUCAAUUUUGUUCUUUAGUGACUGCACAUUUACUAACAAGAUGCUGGGUUGAGGGGGCCUCACCCCUCUGCUUUUCAGCCUAGCUUGGAGCGUCCCUCCCCCCCACCCCCGCACAUCACUUCCGGCCCUGGCGAUGUGCCUUUGUCUGCUUAAAGGUGUCAUACCGGCCUGGCCCACUGAGACUUUCAGACGAUCGCCAAAUUUGUAGCGCAUUAAGUUGAUUUAAAAGUACAUUGCUCAGAGGGGAAAUAACAUGCUGCAGAUUUCAGUGAGCAUAAUUUAAAUAAAGUAUAUUUUGAAGUAUUGUCAGCCCAGAGAAUGUUGACGUAGUUUACGGUGCCAUCACAACCAAAUUCUUUACCACGUACACUCCACUUUUCUAGCACUCCCAUACAACUUAUGACAUGACAUGAGCUUGCUUCUGUCUGAAAAUCUUAUUCAUUAUUGGUAGAGAUUCUUUUACUCAUUAACUUAUUGUUUUAGGAUCUUCAUAAAGUUUUUCUGAUACAGCGGUGCUUUCUGUUUGGUGGAGAAAAAUAAUUUUCAAGUGUUGCUUGCCACAGCCUAUCACUUCCUUUCUCCCUUCCUCUCACACUCUAUAGUCUAUCCUUCCAUUCUCCAAAGCAUUUCUCAUGACAUUAAAAAAUGUAUAAACUAUAAGCUCAAAUUUAAUUAUUGCAACUCAGAGCCAGUACUGUUGGCAACCCCAUUCUCAGCAACAGAGUAUCUCUUUUUGAUGUGGGAAAAAUGGAUUAAACUAAAAUAAAUAAAACAAACUUUUGGUUCUAAGUUGUACGAGCAUGGGCUGUGGUGGUACAAUAGGGAUAAAAGUAGAAAGUGAAGAGGUUUGGUGUGUUUGUUGGUACUGUUGUGGUGCAGCUACAGAAUGCAAAAUCAUGGUUUUAAUGGUAAGUAGAAAAUCCAAUCUGGCUCUGCCUUGUACUGCCAUUCAACUUUGAGUUUAAUAACAUUAGACCAAUUUUACUAGUAUAGUUUGUGCAAAGAGAAACAUUGUUUGGAUUUUAUUUACAUUUUAGUGUCUGGAACAUUACUAUAAAGAUUAUGUAAUUUAAAAAAAUGAAUUUCAGGCAAUAAAAAAUUUGCUCUGUUUACCAACACACAAACUUGUGCACUUCCUCCAAUAAUGUUCACAAAAGGCUUUUUGCGCAUCGACUACUGUUUGUGCUUCAGGAAAGUCGUGUUAGUGAACAAAUAAUUGUAUGCAAAGUUUAUCAUUAAUUUUCAUUAAGCUGCUAUUGUGCCCUGUAAAUGUAUCUGAUAUUAAAUAUGGGCUAAACAUUAACUGGCUAUGACAUGUUAAAUGUAAUAUAGUUGUCAAAAAGUCCAUAUCCUUUCAUUUACUCCAUAAAUAUUUGUAGAAGGCCAUGUACAUGACAGCAUAGGUUCAGCUUCCUCAUCAUUUGUAUUCAUGCAGAAUCUCUGCCAUCUGCAUGGGUAUCUAUUCAUCCCAGCAGGGUGGGGAGUUAUUCAUUCAGCUGAAUGUAAGGAGCAUGAUUAAAUGACUACUGAAAAAGGAGCUCUGUAAUAGAAGUAAUGAAACAUUGCUCAAAUGGACAGAUUUUUUUUUUGAGUAUUCAUCGAUAUGGUAAUAGGACUGUUGACAAGGUGAAAUGUUAUUGCGUGCUUAUUAACAUGAGCACAUGGUGAAAUGAUUAUGUAAGUCUGGCACAUGAACAUUGUGUCCAACUGCAGUAUUGAUCAACAUAUGGUACGUUAGUUUAAAACUGGAAAAACAUUUAAUUGUGCAUUGAUGAACUGAUUUUGUGCUGAUGGUACUAUAGAUGUGUGGAACAGAAAUGCAUGAGAUGCCGUUCCUGAACCUUUCUCUUCCUUUACCUUUUCCCGAAUAAAGCUUUGAUUGAUCCAUGCAGCUGGUCUUAAAUAACUUUCUUUUUUCCAUUUCUGCUUGACUGAUG